AAACUUUAAUGAGACCAUCAAAACGUCGUCCACCGUUAUCUCGAGGCUCCCAAAAUUAUCAAUAUAUUUAUGAUUUACGAUGAACAUUCCCGUUACCCCAGCGCCCAGACGGCCAGGCAAAGCCGGCGUUUCGCUGCGAACCCAGCGUCCGACGACCUACUACGAUGGCGAAAAGGAUGCAUCCUCGGUUCCGCCCCCGACUGAAGGUGGACGCAAACCUCCGCGGCCAGCGGCAGGGGCAGACGGUUUGCCGGGAGGACCGAGACCUUCGGCCAAAGCAGGUCAUCCUAAUCGGUUACCUCCAUCUGACAAGAAGGCCAGGGGCAUGCCGAUCGAUCAAUCUGGCGGGGCUCGCUCCACAGAGAAGAGUAAGAUUGGCGCAGCCCUGUUGAACAAACGUCAAAGUGUUUCUUACGGCCAUGCUCAGCCCAAAAGCACCCCGCAACCCAUGCCGCCUAUGCCUGCAAUCCCCGGUCGGUUUGGCGGCAACAGGAAUGAUGACCGGAUCGGCGGUGGCGUCAGGAAGCAAGUCUCAUCAGGAGCACCCAUCAUCAAUAUUGAUAGCGAAACUUUGGCCCAAGGAGACUUUGACGCCGAGAAAUUCAUGAUGAUUCACUUGGCCACCUUGGGGGGAGGGGCCGCCGACCCAGAAACGUUAAAGGCAUUCAAGGACUCACUCCGUGCAACACAUCUGACCACCAACCAAUCGCUCCAAGAAAACGCCUACAAGAACUAUGGAGCAUUUGUUGCCAUUAGCAAGGAGAUCGCCACGCUGGAAAACGAAAUGUUGGAGUUGAAGGCCGUUCUGGAGGAGUUCAAAACUCUACCAAAUGAUCUUGAUAUGGGCUUAGGUGCGAUGGCCGAAAGCAAUCUUUCGGGGGAGUCAAAGCGGAAGGCGGCGAGGAACUCGAUCGCCGACGUCAAUGCCCUAUACAGAAACCAACUCGAGUCGCUUUGGGAGAACGUCGAAGGCUCACAGAAGUUUCUCCCGAUCCAACCCGGUCGACAUAUCCUAUCCGAAACCAAAUCUUUCGUCGAGCUGAACCCAAUCACAUAUCAACCCAAACAGGCUGUCCAUCUUUUUUUGCUCGAUGACAGCCUCCUGAUCGCCAUCCAGAAACAGACUCGUUCAACGACCGGCAAAGCUAAACUGAUGGCUGAGAAAUGCUUCAAUCUAGCUCAAAUCUCGAUCGUCGGUCUGGAUGAUACUCCUGAUCUUUCCAAUGCGCUACAGAUUCAACGUAACCAGGAAAAGGUCAUCCUCCGAACCGAUCGGGCUCAAGAAAAGAGAGAGCUUCUAGAUUCGUUCAGAAGAGUGUCAGAAGAGAUGGCUCGCAAAAAGCGGAAACAGAGCCUGAACGCUGACCAUUCAUAUCGAGCCAGUCGGUUGCUAUCAUCUCAAGGCUUGGAAAGUGGCUCGAGUCAAUUCCAUGCCGGUAAACUGCUUGGCUUGGGGAAGGACGAUCGGACACACAAGCUGUACAGCCGAAUUGGUGAUCUUCUGGACGAGGUGUCGGUGGGGAUAGCGUGUCGACGGUACGAGGAGGCUAUCGAGCAUGUCGAGCGAGCCCGUAGCAUGGUGACCGAGUGGGCCACGGGUGAGGCCGGGGUGGGUGAUAUUGCGAAUCCGCUAGAAGGACGUAUUGAGGCGCGGGCUCAAGAACUUGCCGACCGUUUGUUGGCCGAGCUGGCGGAGACGAGCGUCAAGAAAGCACACCUGGUCAGGACGAUCACGCUGCUCGGUCGGCUCGCCGGUCCUUCGGCGCCUGUCGAGCGCGCCAAAGAGACAUUUCUCACCAUGCGCUCCGAGCUCGUCAGAAGACAGAUCGGCCAGAUCAAAUUUGAGGGCGACCUCGCCCUCUGGGUAUCCCAGACCUCCUUUGUUCUUUUCACCCUUGUCAAGAAUACUUGUGAAUGGUACAUGACCGCCUUCAAAGAUAACCGCUUGGCUUCCGGUUUCGUCAAAUGGGCCGUUGAUCAGCUCGACCUUUUCGGUGAAAUAUUUAGACGUCAGGUCUACGAAGGCGAUGAAGAUCAAUGGACAAUCCAAGAAUCGAUCUCGGUCACUAGAGCCCACGCCGGCAUGUUGAAAGAAGUUGGAUUAGACUUCGGCUUCCUCUUGUCAAAUGUGUUGUCCAACCAAACCCAAACGAUUCGCACCCGUCACCGUCUAACAACGACCGGCAAGCCCCGGGCGCUCUCUGCCGAUCCUGCUGCUCCUCGGCGACUCCCGAGCACCCUUGUUUCUACAGACUCGCGGUCCUCAACAAUGGGAACCAAUAGUCAGUUGAGAUCAAGACCUAGUUUUCUUGGGAAUACAUGAAACUCUCUCUCCUCCAAUGAAGGUCCUUCUCUUCCCCAUGCUUUUGACCCCCAUAAUAGUGCCCCAUAAGUGGGUUUGGGCAGCCCACAAGAUAACCUGGCCUGGCCUGCGAUCUUCCAUGACAGGCUCUGUCAGCCUUGGAUACCCUCAAAUUUCUGCCCUGACCAAGCUCAUCUCUUGAGAGAAUGACCUAGAGCUCCAUCGUAAUACAUGAGCUUGUUUUGAUUGGGACUGGCGUCACUUAAAACUUCAGGGUAUGGCCUCCAGUUUAAACAUGAUGCUUGAGCUGAUUGUUUGAAUUAUUUGCCCAAAGUAGUUUGGUAAUGUAUCAAAACUACAAGAUUAGAUAUGGCAAAACACAUGGGUGAUUUUAUGAUGCAGUAUGGGCCCUAGCAGCAUGUGAUAUGUGGAAUGUAUGUAUUGUGAAUUUAAUACUUUACAAUGCAGUAAACAACACAGGCAUCCAGGUACCAAAAAGGCAACAAGAGCUUCAAUCUAAGGCUAAUGUGAUGGAAAACAGAGUGCACCCUAGCCAGGUUUCUCGAAUACCAAAAAAAAACACAAGCUCUCUGGCCAUAAAUUUGACUUGACUCUGAAGCCCCUCUUUUGGGGGCUGAAUUUGUGAGGUCUUGCCACACCUUCAAUCAAGGGGCUUGUCAUAAUCUAGAGUUCACCCAUGUGAUAUCAUAGCAGGACUACAUUUCCUAUGAUGCUACAGGGUCAGCAGAAAGGGGAUUCUUGU